GUGAAAAGCGCUCGAAAAUGUGAAAUAUGUCAACUCGCGGACACCGUUCGGCUAGCUUCCUGGUAGAAGUGCGCAUGCGCUGUUUAGUUGUAGCUGUCAGUUUCAAGCUAAGUGAGGGCUGAGAAAACAUUAUCAGGAGCAGUGAGAUGGAUAGCGGCGAGGCUCCUGCCCAGCGGCCGGUCACCCUAGACAUCACAGUGGAGGAUGUAACCAAGGAAGCUCCAGCUCCAGCCCCUCCUGAGCCAAGCUCCAGUCAGACUCCCUCUACAGACAGUGUCCUCCUCCAGGAGGACAGCAUAGACCUCGGGGGAGAGUUUGUCACUCCUCAGGAGGACAGUAGCGCCACGCCCUCGGAGAGCCUGCUGGACAAGCUCAACGACCAGAUGAUGGAGAGUGUCAUGAUUUCCGACUCGCCUAAUAACAGCGAGGAAGACGAUGUGGCUCCCAUUGACUCCUUGCUGGAUGGAGGAGAGGAGGGGGAGGAAGAUGCAGGGGAGGCUUCAGUCGACAAGGAGGACACAUCUGAAAGUGGGCAGAGUGCAGAUCAGACCAAAGAGGCAGCGGAGGAGCAGGCGACAGAACGAUCUGAGAAGAAAGUCGAGGAUGACACAGAGGGGCAGGGCGAUACAGAAGAGCAAGUCGAGGUUUCUGUUUCGGUCGCUCUUCAAGGGGACACUUCAAGCCCGUCUGAUCUCAAAAGUGACGAACCAGCGGGACAGGAUCGCAAAGACAGUAAGCCCAAAGACGAGCCCGUGCCAGUGUGCACCAUAUUCAGCCAGGGCACCCAGCCUAAGUCCCUGGUGCCCGACGGCUUCCAGCCCACCCUCAUCAAGUCCCCCAGCUUCAGCAUGGGGAGCGGCGGGGGCAGUGAUGAAGCAGGCACCCCCAGCAAGCUGAGCGCCCCUCUUGUUUGCCAGCCCAGCCCCAGCCUCAGUAAAUUCUUCACCGACAGCGGGCAGGUCAAUCCGGCCUCCGACUUCUUUGAUUCCUUCACUGCGCCCUCCUCCUUCAUCUCCGUUUCGAACCCCAACGCUGAGAGCCCUCCCGCCCCCAGCCCGGCACAUGCAGCCCCCGCCCCUGAACGCCAGCUCUCCUCCACUUCCUCUUCCCUCUCCACCCCUGGGGGACCUUUAGACUCUGGCGCUCCCACUCCCAGCUCCUUCUUUGGCCCUGCCGCCAUGGAGUCCACACCCAAGGCCCAGCCUCCUCCACCUCAGCUUGCCACCGCUCCAACUCAAGUGCCCGCACCCACAGCACCUCCUGGCCCAGCUUCAACGGGCCCAGCCGCUCAGCCACAGCCCUUCAACCAGCUCCAGGCUGUGUUCUCGGGCAGCGAUGACCCGUUUGCCACAGCGCUGCGCCUGAGCGAGGUGGAUAGACGCCAUGAUGCCUGGCUGCCGUCUGAGGAGACCAGGAAGGUGCUGAUCUCUGUGGCCACGCAGCAGUACAGCCCAGUCUACAUAGAGACCAAUAGGCUGACCAUGCCCGGCCUCAAGUUUGACAACCUGCAGGGCGAUGCUGUGAAAGACCUGAUGGUACGUUUCCUGGGCGAGCAGGCAGCCAUGAAGCGACAGGUCCUCACUGCCAACUGUGUCGAGCAGUCCUUCGCAGGCCUCAAGCAGCUCAUUAGCAGUAAGAAUUGGCGGGCUGCAGUGGAUCUGACAGGCCGGCUGCUGACAGCCCACGGCCAGGGAUACGGCAAGAGUGGCCAGCCAACCUCCCACACCACCGACUCACUGCAGCUGUGGUUUGUGCGGCUGGCCCUGCUGACCAAGCUGAACCUCUUCCAAAAUGCUGAGCUGGAGAUGGAGCCCUUUGGCAACCUGGACCAGCCAGACCUCUACUAUGAGUACUACCCCACUGUUUACCCCGGGAGGAGAGGCUCCAUGGUGCCGUUCUCCAUGCGGCUGCUGCACGCUGAGCUCCCCCAGUACCUGUCCAAGCCCCAGGAGGCUCUGGACCGUCUGCACAACCUCAAAACCGUCUGCCACGCUAUUCUAGGCAACUUGGAGCAGGGCUUGGCUGAGGAUGGCAGCAUGAUCACCCAAACCCAGGAGAACAGACAAGCGUCUCUUCAGCUGUGGAGGUCUCGCCUCAGCCGGGUCAUGUACUCCAUGGCCAACUGUCUGCUGCUGAUGAAGGACUACGUUCUGGCUGUCGAGACCUAUCACUCCAUCAUCCAGUACGAACCCCAGCAGAGAGUGCAGCUGCUCAGUGGCAUAGGACGCAUCUUCCUGCAGAUUGGAGACAUUAAAACGGCGGAGAGGUACUUCCAGGACGUGGAGAAAACCUGCCAGGCCAAGGGCAGCCAACCUGGUCACACCACAUACGUGCUGAUGAACAGGGCAUUUGUCUAUCUCAGUCAGAACAACUACGCCGAAGCUCACACGUCCUUCACCGAGGUCUUGAAAAUUGACCCGAAAAACCCGGUGGCCAACAACAACGCUGCAGUGUGCCUGCUCUACCUGGGCCAACUGAAGGAGUCCCUGGGCCAGCUGGAGGGCCUGGUGCAGCAGGACCCGGCGCUCUACCUGCACGAGAGCGUCCUGUUCAACCUGACCACCAUGUAUGAGCUGGAGUCGUCCCGCAGCCCCCAGAAGAAGCAGGCGCUGCUGGAGGCCGUGGCCUGCCGAGAGGGGGACAGUUUCAACACGCAGUGCCUCAAACUGGUCUGAGAGCCGGGAGGACUGACCCACACAGCAACACCAACACUACUGCACCCCCCCUUCUUGUUACAGGGAAUAAAACCCCGAGACUAGAAUAUGUAAAAGAAGACCGAGAUCCAGCUGAUAUGAAAGAGGAUGGUGUCAGAAAGGGACAUGUUUAGUGCUCAGCUUAAUUUCCUCAAAGCAUGCCGACAUCUAUCAACAGAGGUUUUCUUUGUUACAAUAUGGUUUUGGGAAACCAAGCCCCAACACACAUUUCUCUUCAUAUCAACCUGCAAGGACAGUGUAAAAACUAAAAGACCUGUAUGCAUUUGAAGGGCGUACCCACACUGAUCCAUGCCUACUUUGCUGGCUCUCAGGCUGAUAGAUUUACUUUUGGAAAGUGGAAGACUCAAAAGUGCUGGAUGUGCAAGAGUUCCUAUAAUGCAGAUGGACCCUAUAUUAAUUAGCUUGAUCAAACAAAUAAUAGUCAUUCUAGGACAGAAGUAUAUUCAGCUAAGCCUGAUUAGAAAACAUUUCUGCACACAUCUUGCACUACAAACUUGAAGUGGUUGAAUUUUGAGUCAGCUGCCAUAAGGCGAGGGUUGGCGUGACUGCACGGGCAUUAUCCUGAACUCCAACUCCGUUAUGUUCAGCAACACUCACAUAAAAACUAAUGAGCUCCCACAGAUGUCCUGUUUUAACAGUUCAUCCCUUACUCUCACCGUUAUCAUCAUUGUAACUGGGGUAAACUGUAGUAGGCCACCCAUCUCAGCUAUUCAUUUAUGUUCGCUCUAUUCUUACCUCGUGGAGAAAGAAGAAAUGGAUAUUUGCAGCCGAAGGUUUGGAGUGCACUGUAUCCUAUCGGCUUAACAAAAGGAAUGUAAAAUAUUGGGAAUCCAAAUUGUACAUAUCACAGUAGGGAAAUUAUUGUAAAAAAAAGAAAAAAAAAAGAUUGUAUCUAAAUGAUUUCC